GAGCGCGGAGGCGGAGGAGGCGGAGAACCCGACCCCGUCCAUAUAUGUAUAUACAUAUUACCCAUUUGCUCGGCGAGGACGAAAGGUGGAGGAGAAGCGACUGCGAUUUAGAGAGAGGGAGAGGGAGAGGGAGAGGGAGAGGGAGGGGCUUCGCGAUUCUUCUGCGGAGGAAGGGAUGGUGGGGGAGCACCACCUCUUCGGAGCGAUCGUCGCGGCGAUCGUAGGGUUCCUCUUCCUCCUCGUCGGAUUCCAUCGGAGGAGGCGGCGGAGCACGGCGGCGGUCGCCGUAUCUCCGGCGGCGGCGGCAGAGGUCGCCGGGAAAUGGGAAUCCGGCGCUGAGGUGGCCGGAGACGGCGGUGCCGCCGACGUGAUCGUCGUCGGCGCUGGGGUCGCCGGAUCCGCCCUCGCCUACACCCUCGGAAAGGACGGUCGUCGAGUACAUGUCAUCGAAAGAGACUUGUCGGAGCCUGAUCGGAUUGUUGGUGAAUUGUUACAACCGGGAGGCUACUUAAAAUUGAUUGAGCUGGGCCUUGAGGAUUGUGUGAAAGAAAUCGAUGCUCAACGAGUCCUUGGGUAUGCUUUGUUCAAAGAUGGAAAGAACGCGAAAGUUUCUUACCCCUUGGAGAAAUUCCACUCAGAUGUUGCUGGAAGAAGCUUCCACAAUGGCCGGUUCAUACAGAGGAUGCGUGAGAAAGCUGCAUCUUUGCCCAAUGUCCGAUUGGAACAGGGAACUGUAACAUCACUGCUCGAAGAAAAUGGUACUGUUAAGGGUGUUCUAUACAAGACCAAAUCUGGUGAAGAAUUCAAAGCUUAUGCACCUCUUACGGUUGUAUGUGAUGGCUGCUUCUCUAAUUUGAGGCGCUCCCUCUGCUCUCCAAGGGUUGAUGUGCCCUCAUGUUUUGUUGGGUUGGUUCUGGAGAACUGUAACCUUCCUUAUCCAAAUCACGGGCACGUCAUUUUAGCGGAUCCUUCACCCAUUUUAUUCUAUCCAAUAAGUAGCACGGAGAUUCGCUGUUUGGUUGAUGUUCCUGGCCAGAAGGUGCCUUCUAUAGCCAAUGGAGAAAUGGCGAAUUAUCUCAAGACUGUGGUAGCACCUCAGAUUCCACCGGAACUGUAUGAUGCCUUCAUAGCAGCCAUUGAUAAGGGAAACAUAAGAACUAUGCCUAAUAGGAGCAUGCCAGCUGCCCCUCAUCCCACUCCCGGAGCUCUCCUAAUGGGGGAUGCAUUCAAUAUGCGCCAUCCUUUAACAGGCGGAGGAAUGACUGUGGCCUUGUCUGAUAUCGUCGUACUGCGAAACCUUCUCCAGCCUCUUCGUGAUUUGCAUGAUGCUUCUUCUCUUUGCAGAUACCUAGAAUCAUUCUACACCUUACGGAAGCCGGUUGCAUCCACAAUAAACACUUUGGCUGGCGCACUCUACAAGGUCUUCAGCGCCUCGCCGGAUCGAGCUAGGAAUGAAAUGCGCCAAGCGUGUUUUGAUUAUCUAAGCCUGGGAGGUAUCUUCUCUACCGGGCCCGUGUCUUUGCUCUCUGGUCUUAAUCCUCGUCCCCUGAGCUUGGUUGCCCACUUCUUUGCUGUGGCCAUAUAUGGCGUGGGUCGUUUAUUAUUGCCGUUUCCUUCUCCCAAGAGACUCUGGAUCGGAGCUCGGCUGAUUUCUGCCGCCUCAGGUAUUAUUUUCCCCAUAAUAAAAGCAGAAGGGGUUAGGCAAAUGUUCUUCCCCGCUACAGUUCCAGCGUACUACAGAGCUCCUCCUACGAAGUGAAAUGGAGAUCAGAUAUCUACAAACGUUUCGCGUCGGAACUUCACCGUUUCGCUCGUAGGGUUACAUUUCACUUGCUUUUUGUAGUCUCGGGUCUUUUGUAAGAAUGGAUGAGGGGCAUCUGAAAGAGCUUUGCUUUCAAAACGGAGUGCUUGAAGCUGUUGUGCUAUUCUUAUGCAUGUGAUGAUCAUCUGCGGUGUAAAUACUGCUAACUCGGUUAAGUAAUCCUUAUCAGCCGCAUGCGCACUUAUGUUUGAAAUAUUCGACUUUCGUGUGCUGCAACUUUGGCUCGUAAACAUAAAAGAGUAGAUAUGUUAUCUACGUACAUUUUUGCAUACAUUUGGUUUAGUA